AUGACGCAAACUGCAUUGCCGCCCCUAAAUGCCGCAUGGGACCCGAGCCUCGAGACAACCGAUGCAGAAGAAUUCUGUUGGACGCCACUGCAGCUGGCCGCGAGAGCGGGCGAUGUAGCCACUAUGAAGAGCAUACUUGCCCAGAACCCCGCCGCUGUGAAUGAACCGCCACGCGGGUACUAUGGCCAAACCGCUCUUCAGGCUGCAUGUAUGCAUGGCCAAGAGCUGGCGGUGCAAUUGUUGAUUCACGCCGGCGCUGAUCUACACUUUAGUGGUGGUAAUAAUCUUCAAAGAAAUGCGUUGCAAAUCGCGUGCGGUCAUGGAGACGAAAGGAUUGUCGACAUGCUGCUGGCAGCUGGAGCAAGGGUGGACAACGUGACUGAUGCAUCUACAGCCGGUCUUCAGAAGGUGUCAAGGUCCCGUGUCACGGUCACGAGAUACAACGGGAGAACCGCACUGCAGGCGGCAUGCGAGCGAGGGCAUAUUCACCUUGUUCACCGUCUGUUGCAGAUUGGCGCGGACGUGAAUGCGCCCCCGUCACCGACGGCAGGGUAUACCGCAUUACAGGCUGCUGCCGGUGGCGGAUACCUUGAAAUUGUCGACUUGCUUCUGCAGCACGGAGCAGACGCGAAUGCUGCGUCGGCAAAGUACAAAGGCUUCACGGCUCUUCAAGGAGCCUGCCACGGCGGCCAUGCCAGGGUCGUCCAACGCGUGCUCCAGCAAGAGGUAAAUAUUCACGCGCUGGGGGGAACUUAUGGUGAUGGCAUGGCGUUGCAUGCUGCCGCCGAAGUAGGAAGGGUCGACAUCAUCAAGAUGUUGUUAGCUGCUGGAGCUGAUGCAAAUGCAUGUAGUUUCAGACGAGGGCGCGGGUAUACUGCGUUGCAGAGCGCAGUCGUUGGCGGUCACGAAGAAGCCGCACAAGUAUUGAGGGCUGCUGGUGCCACGGGAAGAUCCGGCGGUGGGUGUUUUUUUAUUUUCGUAAUCAAGCAGAGGAGACUUGAUUUUUAUGAGAUGUUGGACCCGGCAACGAGCUAUUUCGGGCCGUAG